GCGGAUGAGGUAACAGCCGCAGAGAAGAAGAAGACAGAGGACGCCGAGAAGGCACGUCUGUUGGCAAUCGAACAGCAGCGCCAACAAGACGAGGCAGCAGCAAAGGCUGUCGAUGAAGAAUGAAUUUAACGACGCGAGAAGAUAUUCAACAGAGAGCGAGCCUUGUUUACAAUGGCAGCGGACUGGCGGGCCAAGGCCGAGAAUGGUAAGRUGGAAGAGAGUGAAAGCAAGAUCGCUCUACUCCUCUUCCAUUUCACGGACCUCCUGGCAACGUGCAUUGCACAGCAGGGGGACAUCCACAGCCUCGACGACGCAGUUCAGACGCACAACCAGGCGUUUGAUCAAGUCAACAGCCGCCUCCAGCAGCUGGAGCAACGACUCGUCGCCACCCCUGAUGCCAGCUCCUCCAACACCUCCGAUCGCCUCAAUGCAUUGGAGAUCGACGUCGGAAGCCUCAAGGACGGCACGAAGCUACAGCAAACCGCCACGAAACAACUGGAGCAGCGGAUCUGUGCUGCCGCCGCCACACCGAGUUCGGCACUGCGCGAGAUGACUCCAAAGUUCGAUGGUCAGGAGAUCUUCUGCGAUUCGACGAAGACGGACCCGAUUCCGUGGUUCCACAAGUUCGAGCUCAAGUUGAAGCUACACCACGUCAGCAAGGACAAGCAUCAUGCGUUAUACUCCCGGUCGGGGGGCGUGUGCCAAGCAUGGUUGGACAAUCUCUUGUCCAAGUACGGGGGGGUACCUGCCGACUUGUACACCAAGAUCAGCUGAGAUGAUCUAAAGGCCGCGUGGCAUAAGUGGUUCCAUGUAGAGCCGCCGGAGAUCA